UUUUAGAGCAAAAAAAAGGUAACUAUGUCCCUUUAGACUAAUCUGUACUACUUUAUGUCCUAUUAGACUAAUUUUUUCGAAAAUGGCAGUAAUGCCCUUAAAAUUGUAAUUUUUUGAAAAAGAUAAAUAAUGAGUUCGACAAGCGGGAUCGAUCGAUCCAGAUUUACAAGUUACAGUGGAUCGCUCGAUCCCGAUAAUUAUUCAGAACAAAAAAAAACGCGAAAUAUAUACUGAUCGACCUGGUCCAUUUCACUCGAUCGGCGAAGGUCGAUUCCUUACAGAUCGACCGAUCCACUAAGAAUAGAUCGAUCGAUCCCGUGCCCAGGAAAGAAUCCCAAACCGAUUUUUUUGGUUUUGUAUGAUUAUAUCCGGGUUGAUUCCCACUUGAUUUGAACCGACCAAGCAUGAUUUCAACUUUUUAAGCUCGAUUUCUCUGGGACAAAACCCUUAAUUUCCCAUUCACGAACAAAGGGAGAGAAAAUCAAAUUCUCACCCAAAGUUCAUUAACCCUAACUCACUCAAUUCUCUGAUUUGGACGAUUAUUUGGCCUAACUCAUACAAUUUCGUGAGCUUUUUACGAAUCUAUCACUCUUUAGUUCGUUCUGCAAAGGUAUGAAACUCUAUCUCCACUUCUUUUUAGAGUUUGAAAUUAGAAAGGUAAAAGGUAGAUUUUUGAGUUAGUUAAGAUAUUUAGACUUCAAUCAUGUGUUAAGGUGAUGAUUAGAGAAGAUUUUGUACACAAUCAUGGUUUAAAUCAUAUUUUCGGGAUAGAUUUAGGGAUUUUAGGUUUUUGUUAUUAAUAGAUAUAUGUUGUAUUGUUUUCAAAUUUCAGGUAUGGAGUUGGAGUUGCCUAAUCGUUUAUACGGUGAGGGAUUGGAACCUCAGGUUAAGAAGAUUAAUAACAGCUGCCGACUAAAACUUCUCGAGUUGCUAAAAGAAAAAAUGGAACCAGAAUUCGAUGAAGUUAUGAAAGAUCCCAUUUUUUCACAGAUUAUGGUUAUCCAGAAGAAUGAUCUGAAGUUUUCGGCGAGGUUGGUACACUCUUUUUUGUGUAAGGAGUUGAUGACAAGCAAGAGACAUGAGAAGUGGUUCACUUUCGCUAGGAGACCUCUGCGUUUUGGAUUGCAAGAGUAUCAUGCUGUCACUGGUCUGAAAGUGAAGCGAGAGAAUAACAGUGGGCUAGUGACAUGGAAAGACGAUAAUGGUUUUUGGAGCAAGCAGAUAAAGACAAAUGGAAAAAUAAAUUUGCAGAUCAUAAAAAAGAAGCAUUUGGAAGAGAGCAAUACCUGGACUUGGGUUGAUAGGGUGAGACUGAUAUAUCUUUGCGUUAUUAUGGGUGUGGUGAUGGGAAAGGAUGAGAAGGUGAAUAUCCCGCAUCUGUACAUGAAGUUGGCGAUGGAUUUGGAGAAGCUUCGGAAUUAUCCAUGGGGUCUGUAUUCGUUUGAUUUCCUUCUGAAGCAAAUUGAUAAAACAAGGCAUAAAUUAGAGCAGAAAGAGGGGUAUCUGAUGGAAGGAUUCUUGUUUGGUUUCCAAAUUUGGAUAAUGGAAGCUGUUCCUGCUUUAGGAGAGAUUUGUGGCACAAAAGUCAGUAAAGAUUUUACAGGUCCACUGUGUGGUAAUUGGAGAGGAUGUGCAAAAUGUUCUUAUGAAGAUAUCAUUGGCGUUGAGAACUUAUUCCCAGAAAACGGAAUUUUGCAUUCAUUCAUGGAAUCCCACAUAGAUGGAGUGGUCCUUUUGGCAACUGAUUUUGUACAGAAGGAUGAGAAGAAAGAUGAAAGAGUAGAUCGUAUUUUAGAUAUGAUCAAUAGUAAACAUGAUUGGAACAAUCAUGUUUGGGGAGUAAAAGAAGGUACGAACUCUGAAUUUGAGGAAUCUGGCGAAGAGAAAGGAGAGGAUCAAACAGCUGAUACUGAGAGAGGUGAAAAUAGUCAUGUUGCAGGGAAUGUUGAUGGCACAGCUGAUGUUUCGGGAAGAAACAAGAGAAAGCAUGCAGACCGAGGAGCAGAGUCAAGGAAAAAGAAUGUUUUGUGCCACCUAGCUGCUUCAUCAAAAGGAAAUAUUGACACAGAUAUGAAAAAUUUCUUGGAGGAUCUGGUACAAGCUUCUUUUACUGCUUUUGGGGAGAAAUUCUGUCAGCAGUUCUCGGACAGGUUGGGUAAGAUUGAGACUGAGGUUACACAACUCAGGACAGCUUCAGAGAGAACUGAGCAAUUUGAGACCGUUGUAACCGACAGAUUGGGGAAAAUUGAGGCUGAGGUUACACAGCUCAGGACAAGUUUAGUGGUGACUGAAUUGGUGGGAAAGAGUGAUCAAGCAAGCGGUCCUAGCUUGACCAAAAUCAACAGUGGUCCUAGCACCAGCAAAAAAGGAACUGCUCCAACAAAGAAAAAGGCUGUAAAAAACCAAGAGUUAAAGACUGCUGAUUCGUGUGUCAAUUUACCUCGUGCAAAAGUUACUCAAUCAUCAGCUAGUGAUCUUCGUAUGGGUACACAAGAGUUUUUGGAAAGUUGCAUGAAGAACCUUCCAUUAGACACAUUUGUGAAAGGUUUGAAUCCUUCUCAAGCUAAAGUCGAAGAUUCAUUGGAUUGGUUGGAACUUCCUAAAUCAUUGAAGAAGCCAACAGAUUCAUUGGAACUUCAAAAAUCAUUGAAGAAGCCAGCGGUCCGAUUAGAUGACCGAGAUAUAGAGCUAGACGGCGAAAAUUUCCCUGAUCGCUGCUUGGUGUUAGAUGAUCGAUCCACACUUCGUGGACAUCACAGUUUGUUUAAGGGAUUGAUUGAAUCAGAUCUCCUAACCAAGUUAAUACGGCAUGAAGAUUAAACAAAGUCCUCCCAAACUGAAACAAAGUUACUAAUAUUCAAGCAAAUAUAAUCUGAAAAACUGAAACAAAGUUGUCACAAACAGAAACAAAGUUACUAGAAAUCAAGCAAAAGAAGUUUGUUAAAAUUUCACUAAAUUGUGAAGAACACAGCCAACAAAUCCACUAUAUUGGCAUCUUGCAAGUUGCUCUAUUAUGACCACCAAGACCACAUCUACUGCACUUACGAGACUGACCCCCCUGUGAUCCUUGUGAUGAUCGGAUUUUGUCUUCAACAGUUUCAUAUCUGCGUUUUCUAUUUCUUCCAAGAGAUCUUCUUGUCUCAGGCGGUAGCACUUCAGAAUUUUCCACAACUUGUGGGACAGACCAACCAUCUUCAGGAACUGAAAUGGGAUUUAUGCUUUCUUGAUAAGCUUCUCUCCAAGCUCCCGUGGUAUACAAAAAAUCAGUCAAUGUAUAUGGUUCUCUACCAACAAAGAAACCAGCUUUUAUUGCGUGUCUACAAGGGAUUUUCGAGAGGUCGUACUUCCCACAAGAACAAGUCCGUUUGUCCAAAUCAACAAAGCAGUCAAUUGUAUCGCCUUUAACAAGCAGCUGGCUAUCGGUUACAGGGUAAACUGCGAAAGUUUUCCCCUUUCCAAUUCUCCUAUCAAUCUUUUCCUCCACAUCUAUGGUCAAACGGUGGGUGUGCUUUGAAAUCAACUUCUUACGCUUAAAAAACCAACGUGUCAGCAUUUCUCUAAUACUGUCCAACAAAGGAAUUACGGGAAACUCUCUCGGCGAACGCAACGCAGAAUUUAUCGACUCUGCAGGAUUGUUUGUCCUAAUGUCAUACCUGUAUCCAUGAAA